AGUUCCAUUUUCAAAAAAUCAUUUUCUUUUUAUUUUUUUAUUCUAGAAAGUAAUGUCUUUUGGGUGAUGUAAGCCUGUAUUUAGUAUUCCUUCUACUCUUUGAUCUUAUGAUCUUAUGACAGUUGUAAAACGACUCUCUCAGCGGUGAGUUGUGUGCAUUAAUUUAACUAUUUUGUCGUGUGUGUUGCUAAGAUUCUGUGUGGAUUGGACAAUUAAAUUUACUUGUCAAACAUGGCAACAUCAGUCCUGCAACCCGCUGAAUGUCGACGUGACCCAAAACUUGACCAUGCCUCUCUCAGACCCACUGAAGAGGAGCGCCAAGCUAUUCUGGAAGCUAAGGAAAGGGAGACAGGGGAACUACCUCCCGAGCUUCGUGAAAGGGCUAGGGUAGAGAUAAGGGAAGAAGCUGCAUUGAGGGAGCAGGCUCUCGCGCAAAUGAGACAUUUUAUAGAGAAGCAUCCAGCGAUUAAGAAGUGUAGAACUGACACUCCCUUCCUACUGAGAUUCCUGCGUACCAAGAAAUUUUCAAUACCACAAGCCUGUUCAAUGCUCGAGCGAUACCUGACAAUACGCCAAAUGUAUCCCCAGUGGUUCCAGAAGUUAGAUCCAUUGGACCCUAAGUUGGCGGCGGUUAUAGAUGCUGGCUACCUGGUGCCAUUACCCAAAAGAGAUUCAGAAGGGAGACGGGUCGUGCUUUCUUGUAUGGGCCGCUUUGACCCUUACGGAUAUGACAGUUGUGUGAUGGCGCGAAUCCAUUCUAUGAUCGUUGAGUUGCUUUUGGAUGAGCCGAGAUCGCAACUACUUGGAUACACGCAUGUGAACGACGAGGCUGGUAUGCAGAUGCCCCACGUGUCAUUAUGGUCACUAAGUGAUGUCAAAGUCAUGCUCAAUUGUAUACAGAACUCUACGCCAAUGCGCCACAAAUGCACGCAUUUCGUCAAUAUUCCCCACUAUGGAGUGAAAUUCUUCGAGUUUGCCGUUUCUUUAUUGAGCGACAAAUUAAAAGAUCGUGUUAUGUUUCACCGAAAUACCGACGAUUUAAACAAACAUGUCGAUGCCUCAAUACUGCCCAAGGAGUACGGAGGCACCGUUCCUUUGAAAGACAUGAUCGAAGAACUAAAACGCAAGUUACUGAAGCAUAGAGAAGACUUACUUGCGCUUGAUGACUUGUGUAUAGAUUUACAUGCAUUAGGAAAAAAUGAUUUAACACAAGACAUACAUUCUACUGCUGGUUCUUUUAGAAAACUUGAAUUAGACUAGGUUUUAAUCUCUUAAAAUUCGUAUUUCUAUAAAUUGGGUGGUACUAGUUUACUUAUGUCUAUGAAAUAAUUACAUUUAAGAGUUUUUUUUGUUAAAUUGAAUUAAAUUGAUAUUUGUUUUCUGAUCAAUACCUAAUUCAGAUAUGUUUUGAUAUUUAUAGCGUUUAAAAGCAGGCUUUAACGAAAUAUAACAUAUUUUUAUAAUAUUAAAAAAUGAAUCCUUGUGAUAUUUUUUUAAAUAUUAUCAAAAACAUCGACGUCUUAGUAAUGUAAGUUUAAGUAUGAUAAGCAAUAUAAAAACAACAAUUGUUUUACUUAACAAAAGAAUGAAACAGUUUACUUGCCAGCCAGUAAAAUAAAUUUGUUGAAGUAAACACAAUUUACAUUCAGAAUUUAGACACAUUUAGAUCAGGUUUAGAUCUCAGUUUUUAAAAUUAAGUUGUAACAUUGUGAAAUCAUAAAAUAAAUUGAAAAAAAAAUUGGUUGACCCGAGGCAUUUCCACGUUAAUUUAACUAAUUAUUUGUAAUAUUUUGUUAAAUUUACAACAUAAUGUAUUAACCUAUAAAUAAGUUUUUUUAUAAAUGGGAAAUGGUAGCCCUCGGUGGAGUCCCGUUACCACUAAUGGAUUACAAAAAGAAGAGGAAAUUUUAUUUUGAUGACAAUGAUUGUAUGAUAUAUUUCAUGAAUAUUAUAAACGCAUGUUCUAUGCAGUAUUCUAUUUUCUAGAUUACAAAGUUUUAGUUAUAUUAGUUAUUUUUAAGUUAAUUUGGCUUGAAUAAUAAAAUAAAUUUCAGUAAAA